CCCCUGACAGGUAACACGACACACCUUUGAUGAAGAAACUGUUUGCUGUCACUCGUUAUGUUGGGAGCUACAUAACAGACUUGUAGAUGAGAGCAGUGAUGCAUUCUGACAACACUGUUGUUUCCUGUUUGUAGGUCUGAAUAUUCAUGAAUGAAUUCACUAAUGAGUCUAUGAGAUGUGACUUUUGGUCCAAAAUGAGCCUUUUCAUGUUGAGUUUAUUCACAUUUCAUCUGCACCAGGAAACAAGUCAGAACUUGAGCUGAGCUGACUUCACUGCUGAGAGAUGAGGGACAGUCAGAACUGGUCUGACAGCCUGAACUGGUUUUUAUCUUUGACUGAAACUCGAUCAGCUGUUUAUUCUCUGACGGUACAAAACGACACCCAGCAGUGAAUCAAAGAACUCCUGCUGCUUGUUGUCUUCACCAGGAGACAAAUUUAGGAAAGUUCAUGUUGUGAUGUCAGACACUCGAGGAGGCGGGGCUUGUGUUGUGGUCCCUGGGUUUGGUUUGUCAGGUUGGUGCCUCUGAUUGGCAGGUGUGUGUCACAAACCUCCUGCUAUCAGAAGUGUGAAUCUUUUAACUGGUGGACCCCCAUCGUCAACAGCAGCAAAGCGUCCUUUUAGUCCUGACCCACAGACUGAAUCCAAAGACUUCCAGAGUGUCUGUGAGGAAGCCCAGAGGUUUCUGAUGGGAAACUUUGAACCCUGCAGUCUGGGUUUAACACUCGCCACCGUCUCUGUCAGGAAAUGCUAAUAUGGUUUGUGUUGCUGUGGUGGGACAGGACUAUCAGUCCAAGAUAAGACAGCAGAGAACUUCAGUCAGGGCUUUCAGCUGGAGUUUCUGCUUCACAAGACAAUAAAAAUAUGAUGAACAAAGCAAAUAUGACGACUUUCUUAUUUCUUUAUCGUCAUGGAGCCACAGGCACUAAACUCAGGAACUGAACUAUAAACCCAAACUUUGCGUUGCACAUUCCUGAUGAUGUUUCCACUGAAUCUGAGGGGCUGAGAUUACAAGUUGGACAGAAAAUCGAUCAAAAAUGUGGAGUUUGAGUGGAUGUAAUGAAGACUUGUAGAGGUGGAAGAGGAGAACAAAAACUCCAGAGAAUGGAAGCUCCAAAGUGGAAGCUCUUUUCUGUUUUAGAACAAAGAUGUGAUGAUGUUUCAGUCAGAUGAAUUCAUGUCCUCAUGUUGACUCCAGUUCCACCCAGUGAUGUUAACUGUGUGAAUGAUGGAGAAGUUGUUGCAGCUACAAGCUUCAUGCUGACCAUCACUGAGGUUCAGACUUUUCCACCACAGGAACUGAAGGCGGUUAUGCUUUGGUUUCCACUGUUCUCUCCUCACGUUGGGGGCGACUUCCUGCAGCUAAAUGUCAGCUCAGCUCAGGAUGUGAUACUGAAUCCAAGUUCAUGUACUCUGAGGGGGAACUGAAUCCAACAGCCACAACACAGAAAACACAGCAGGACGUCCACCAGCAGGACAGCAGCAGAAAUCUUGUAACGUGUGAUGGAGACGUUGUUGUCAUGAAUGUUGGAGCUCUGACAGCAUGUUGUUGUGUUUGUGUGAAGGUGUGGGCUCUGCUAUGAAUCAGUGUGAGGAGACAGAGGAGGGAGUCCCUCCCUCUAAAACCACUCUGUGUGGGGAACAUGACAGCCAGACCAAAGCUCAGAGCCCCGAGCAGCAGCAGAGACCAGACUGUCCUGAACCUGAACCCAGCUGUGUGUCCAUGAAGAGUGACAGGUCCAUGCGUCAACCAAUACAUUUUAAAGGACGACUUCCUUCAGAGACUCAUGUGGACCAGCAGACAGCAGCCUCUCCUGUACCCAGCUGUGUGUCCAUGAAGAGUGACGGGUCCAUGUUUCAUCCUCUUAAGUUCAGAGGUGGACACGACUCUGCUGAAGGAAGAGUUCAGCAGCAACAGUCAGAUGUUCUCGGUGGUCAGUCUGUCCAGCAGAAUCCAGCAGACCUGGACUCCAUAUUCAUGCAUCUUGAGGAGAACGUUGUCACUUUUGUGAAGAACGAGCUGAAGAAGUUCCAGAAGCUUCUGAGUCCAAAUUACCCAGAAAGCUUAGAGAGGCAGAGUGAGGAUGAGGAGGUGUUGGAUGGUGAGGAUGAAGAGCAGAGGAGCAGCAGCAGAGACGCAUUUCUGAAGAUCACACUGCACUUCCUGAGGAGAAUGAAGCAGGAGGAGCUGGCUGACCGUCUGCACAGCAGAACUUUUGCUCCAGUUUGUCGACGUCAGCUCCAAUCUGAGCUGAAGAAGAAGUAUGAGUGUGUGUUUGAGGGGAUUGCUAAAGCAGGAAACCCGACCCUCCUGAAUCAGAUCUACACAGAGCUCUACAUCACAGAGGGAGGGACUGCAGAGGUCAAUGAAGAACAUGAGGUCAGACAGAUUGAAACAGCAUCCAGCAAAACCAGAAGACCAGAAGCAACAAUCAGACAAGAAGACAUCUUUAAAGCCUCACCUGGAAGAGAUGGACCAAUCAGAACAGUGAUGACAAAGGGAGUGGCUGGCAUUGGGAAAACAGUCUUAACACAGAAGUUCACUCUGGACUGGGCUGAAGACAAAGCCAACCAGGACGUCCACUUCACAUUUCCAUUCACUUUCAGAGAGUUGAAUGUGCUGAGAGAGAAAAAGUUCAGCUUGGUGGAACUUGUUCAUGACUUCUUCACUGAAACCAAAGAAGCAGGAAUCUGCAGGUUUGAAGAGUUCCAGGUUGUGUUCAUCUUUGACGGUCUGGAUGAGUGUCGACUUCCUUUGGACUUCCACAACAAUGAGAUCCUGACUGAUGUCACAGAGUCCACCUCAGUGGAUGUGCUGCUGACAAACCUCAUCAGGGGGAAUCUGCUUCCCUCUGCUCGCCUCUGGAUAACCACACGACCUGCAGCAGCCAAUCAGAUCCCUCCUGAGUGUGUUGACAUGGUGACAGAGGUCAGAGGGUUCACUGACCCACAGAAGGAGGAGUACUUCAGGAAGAGAUCCAGAGAUGAGGAGCAGGCCAGCAGAAUCAUCUCCCACAUCAAGACAUCACGAAGCCUCCACGUCAUGUGCCACAUCCCAGUCUUCUGCUGGAUCACUGCUACAGUUCUGGAGGAUGUGUUGAAGACCAGAGAGGGAGGAGAGCUGCCCAAGACCCUGACUGAGAUGUACAUCCACUUCCUGGUGGUUCAGUCCAGAGUAAAGAACAUCAAGUAUGAUGGAGGAGCUGGGACAGAUCCACAGUGGAGUCCAGACAGCAGGAAGAUGAUUGAGUCUCUGGGAAAACUGGCUUUUGAGCAGCUGCAGAAAGGAAACCUGAUCUUCUAUGAAUCAGACCUGACAGACUGUGGCAUCGAUAUCAGAGCAGCCUCAGUGUACUCAGGAGUGUUCACCCAGAUCUUUAAAGAGGAGAGAGGACUGUACCAGGACAAGGUGUUCUGCUUCAUCCAUCUGAGCGUUCAGGAGUUUCUGGCUGCUCUUCAUGUCCACCAGACAUUCAACAAAUCUGGUGUCAACCUGCUGGCUGAAGAAUCAUCAACAUCCAAGUGGUUUCAACUGUUCAGAAAUCACUCAAAACUAACUGAUCUGUACCAGAGUGCUGUGGAUGAGGCUUUGCAGAGUCCAAAUGGACACCUGGACUUGUUCCUCCGCUUCCUCCUGGGUCUUUCACUUCAGACCAAUCAGACUCUCCUACGAGGUCUGAUGAAACACACAGGAAGUAUCUCACAGACCAAUCAGGAAACAGUCAAGUACAUCAAGAAGAAGAUCAGUGAGAAUCUGUCUCCAGAGAGGAGCAUCAAUCUGUUCCACUGUCUGAAUGAACUGAAUGAUGGUUCUCUGGUGGAGGAGAUCCAACAGUCCCUGAGGUCAGGAAGUCUCUCCACAGAUGAACUGUCUCCUGCUCAGUGGUCAGCUCUGGGCUUCAUCUUACUGUCAUCAGAAGAAGAUCUGGACGUGUUUGAGCUGAAGAAAUACUCUGCUUCAGAGGAGGCUCUUCUGAGGCUGCUGCCAGUGGUCAAAGCCUCCAACAAAGCUCUGCUGAGUGGCUGUAAUCUGUCAGAGACAAGCUGUAAAGCUCUGUCCUCAGUUCUCAGCUCCCAGUCCUCUAGUCUGAGAGAGCUGGACCUGAGUAACAACGACCUUCAGGAUUCAGGAGUGAAGCUGCUGUCUGCUGGACUGAAGAGUCCAAACUGUCAGCUGGAGACUCUCAGGCUGAGUGGCUGUAAUCUGUCAGAGAGAAGCUGUGAAGCUCUGUCCUCAGUUCUCAGCUCCCAGUCCUCUAGUCUGAGAGAGCUGGACCUGAGUAACAACCACCUGCAGGAUUCAGGAGUGAAGCUGCUGUCUGCUGGACUGAAGAGUCCAAACUGUCAGUUGGAGACUCUCAGGCUGAGUGGCUGUAAUCUGUCACGGAGAAGCUGUGAAGCUCUGUCCUCAGUUCUCAGCUCCCAGUCCUCUAGUCUGAGAGAGCUGGACCUGAGUAACAACGACCUGAAGGAUUCAGGAGUGAAGCUGCUGUCUGCUGGACUGAAGAGUCCAAACUGUCAGCUGGAGAUUCUCAGGUUGUCAGGUUGUAUGAUCUCACAGGAAGGCUGUACUUCUCUGGCCUCACCUCUGAGAUCCAACCCCUCCCAUCUGAGAGAGCUGGACCUGAGCUACAAUCAUCCAGGAGACUCAGGAGUGGAGCUGCUGUCUGCUGGACUGGAGGAUCCACACUGGAGACUGGACACUCUCAGGGUGGAACAUGGUGGACAGCAGAGGCUGAAACCUGGUCUGAGGAAGUGGGCCUGUGAACUCACAGUGGACACAAACACAGUAAACACAAACCUCAAACUGUCUGACAACAACAGGAAGGUGACAGCAGUGAGAGAGAAGCAGCCUCAUCCUGAUCAUCCAGAGAGGUUUGACUGCUGGCCUCAGCUGCUGUGUAGAACUGGUCUGACUGGUCGCUGCUACUGGGAGGUCGAGUGGAGUGGAAGAGUUUAUGUAUCAGUGACUUACAGAGGAAUCAGAAGGAAAGGAAACACUGAUGACUGUGUGUUUGGAUGGAAUAAUCAGUCCUGGAGCCUGAGCUGCUCUGAUGAUGGUUUCUCUGUCUGGCACAAUAACAGAAGAACAGACCUCCACUCCUCCUCCUCCUCCUCCUCCUCCUCCUCCUCCUCUGUCUCUCACAGAGUUGCAGUGUAUGUGGACUGUCCUGCUGGCACUCUGUCCUUCUACAGAGUCUCCUCUGACACACUGAUCCACCUCCACACCUUCAACACCACAUUCACUGAACCUCUUUAUGCUGGAUUUGGGUUCUGGUCUGACUCCUCCUCAGUGUCUCUGUGUUCAGUGUAGGAAGGAGAGUCUCCUCCUGUUAGAGAAACACACACACACACACACACUUUUUGUGAGGCACACUGACUCGUUAUCACAACAAAGUGUUUGAAUUUAGUGUUUUUGCUGACUGCACUGCACACACACAGUUUGAAAUAACUUGAAAUCCUUUUAAAUGUGUUUUCAUUCAGGUUUUGUAACAAAGAUUUUACUUUGAUGUUUUCUGUACUUUACAAUCUGAACUGAUUUCUCACAUAAAUAAGCGUGUUUAUCCAAUAAAAUCAGGUUCCAGACUCUCA